AUGUCUAAUGAAGGGAAUGAAACUGUGAAAGUGCAAGCAGAGGGCAGCUCUACAUAUGUUUCCGUCAGCGUACAAGAGGCAGCUGUUGCCGCUACAUCAUCGGAAUCAUAUUCUUCAAAAACUACAACAUCAUCGAAUGUUAACAUGUCUGAAGAAGAAAAGGCAAAACUUAUGGCAGAUAUUGACAGAAUCAGACAAGCAGCUAAAAGUUCUUCUACAAGUUCUUCUUCAUCAAGUCAUUCCGUUUAUGUUCAAGGCGAAAGCACUCGUACAUCAAGUUCAUCUGCAUCUGGCGGAGUUCAGGAAAGCCAGACAGUCUACAGCCAAAAGGGAUAUUCUGGCGCUUCCCAGAAAGCAGAAAGCCGUGAUGGUGAUGAUGUUCAAGUUACAUCAUCUGCUGUAUACCACGGAGAAUCUUCUCAGGCAUCAAUGGUUAACAACAAUGGUGUCGUAGAUAUUCAAGGAGAGCAUGUUUCUGUUACAGGCGUACGCGAAGGUGAUCAAAUUUCAAUUUCGGGCGAACGCGUUGUUUAUGGCACACCAGAAGGUGGAAUCCAGAUUGAAAAGGCUGAGAUUACAGAAACUGGUAAAAUACUUGACCAAUCAAACGGAUCAUCUGGUUUAUUGGCUGCCGAUUCAUCUAAAUCAGCCGCAUUAUCAGAAAAAUCCGUAGCAUCUUCAUCAGUUUCAUCCUCCUCUGUAUCAAUGAAAGCAGCAUCUUCAACAUCAGUUUCUUCAUCAUCUGUCUCAAAGAAGUCUGUCUCUUCUACAUCAGUUUCUUCAUCAUCUGUCUCAAAGAAGUCUGUCUCUUCUACAUCAGUUUCUUCAUCAUCUGUCUCAAAGAAGUCUGUCUCUUCUACAUCAGUUUCUUCAUCAUCUGUCUCAAAGAAGUCUGUCUCUUCUACAUCAGUUUCUUCAUCAUCUGUCUCAAAGAAGUCUGUUUCAUCUUCUUCAGUUUCUUCAUCAUCUGUCUCAAAGAAGUCUGUUUCAUCUUCUUCAGUUUCUUCAUCAUCUGUCUCAAAGAAGUCUGUUUCAUCUUCUUCAGUUUCUGCUGCAUCAAUUUCUUCAUCACAGCGUUCUUCUGCUGCUUUAACUUCAAAGUCAUCAAAAUCAGCAGCAUUGACUGAGGAAUCAGCUGCAUCAUCACAAGCUGUUUCAUCAGGAAAUAAAGAUGAAAACGAAGAGGAAGAUGAAAUAACGGUUGUCCAAACAAGAGAUAUCAACUUAGAAGAUGGCGAAGAAGCAAGAGAUGUCUUUGUAUCUGAGAAAUACUCUGUCUCUCGUACUGGAAAUGCUUGCUUAUGCAAUUGGCUUAUCAUUAUUGCAAUUAUCAUCUUAAUUAUUGACGCAAUUAGGAUUUUCAGCAGAAAAGACGUAAAUAAGAAAUAA